GAGAGCAGCACUGGAAGGGUUAAAUAAUGUCAGGCGUCUACCUGGGGGCGGGAUCCCAGCGUGGGCGACACAGAGAGGCCGACUGACACGAAGAGUUUGCCUUUGGUUUGCAUCACGGACGCACGGCACAAACGUGCCCGGGGUUCAUCGUCAGCAAAGCUCCGCGUCGGGAUGCGGGCGAUGAAAGCGACUGCCACCAUCAUUGAAGACUUUGAGAAGUUGAAUCCUGCUGGAGAUGUGAACGAUUCCAAUGACUAUGUCUACACCUGCUUUAUGAAGUCGCACCGAUGUUAUGACCUUGUGCCCACCAGCUCCAAACUCGUGGUCUUCGAUACGUCAUUGCAGGUGAAGAAAGCUUUCUUUGCCCUGGUCUCGAAUGGGGUCCGUGCUGCUCCACUCUGGGAUAGUAAGACGCAGAGCUUUGUCGGCAUGCUCACUAUCACAGACUUCAUCAACAUUUUACACAGAUAUUACAAGUCGCCACUGGUUCAGAUCUACGAGCUGGAGGAACACAAGAUUGAGACGUGGAGAGAGGUGUAUUUGCAGGAUUCAUUCAAGCCUUUGGUGAGCAUCUCUCCCAACGCCAGUUUGUAUGAUGCAGUUACAUCGCUGAUAAAGAAUAAGAUUCAUCGGCUUCCAGUCGUUGAUCCGUUGACGGGAAACACACUCUACAUCCUCACACACAAGCGGAUCCUGAAGUUUCUCAAGCUCUUUAUCUCUGAGAUGCCGAAGCCCAAUUUCAUGAGUAAAUCUCUGGAGGAGUUGAACAUCGGGACGUAUAAGAACAUUGCGGUGGUGAAGAAGAACACUCCUAUCUACGUGGCCUUGGGGAUCUUCGUGGAGAAGAGGGUGUCUGCGUUACCUGUGGUGGAUGAAUCGGGGCAUGUGGGUGACAUUUACUCCAAGUUUGACGUCAUUAACCUGGCUGCGGAGAAGACGUACAACAACCUGGAUAUCACUGUGACCAAAGCGUUACAGCAUCGCUCGCAGUACUUUGAAGGCGUCCUCAAAUGUUACAAACACGAGACCCUCGAGACCAUCAUCAACCGACUAGUGGAGGCCGAGGUCCAUCGAUUGGUGGUGGUCGACGACAGAGAUGUGGUCAAGGGGAUUGUGUCGCUGUCUGAUAUACUGCAGGCUCUGGUCCUAACUGGGGGAGGUGACGCGUCGUCGAAGUUCACGCAGUGAGCGGCACUUUUUUUGCACGUAAACUGUUAACGUCUCGAGCCGAACGUAGAGAGAGAGAGAGAGAGCCCUCAUCAGGCAAGCGAUCGAACACACAAAGACAGACAGACGUGCAUCCUUGGUGACACCAACACAGACCCAGCAUGUGGAGAAGAGAGGAGAGGAGGGAGAAGAGGAGAGAGAGAGAGAGAGAGGGAGAGGAGAGAGGAGCUUCUACUGCCGUUGUCACCGCACAGUUUCAUUUGAGUUCGACCUUUUCGAAACAUUUCUGCGUGCUUAUUCACACGCACACGCACACACGCGCGCUCAAAGCCAUUGCUUUUUGGUCAGUGUCCACUGAGAACCAACUGCAGGUCAGUCAAAAGGAACUGAGUGUGUGUGUGUUUUUUUUAAUAUAAUUAUUCCUUCUUACCUCAGGUAGGUAGCUUUGAAGUAUAUAACACGAUUGAUGGUUUCAUUCCCCGAACGUAAUUUCUCUCUCUCUAUAUAUAUACAUAUAUAUAUAUAUAAAAAAGUUUUUGUUUGUUUGUUUAGAGAGUCUGUCCUCUACUGAAAUAAGUUAUGAUGUCAUCUGAUUUUCGCAAUGAUUAGUUGGGUACCGAGAAACAUAAUGAUUAAGGUCUAUAUCUUAGGGUCCCGGCUGAUCGACCACACAAUGUAGUUAAACGAGCGCAGAAUGAAACGGAACUCACACACGUCCACCUGUAACGGUCACCCUUGAGAAAUCGGAACGAUUCCAUUCUUUUUUAAACGUAUGUAAAUAUAUAUAUGUGUAUAUAUAUAUAUAAUCGCAAAAAACAUAAACGGUUUUUUGUUUGGGGUUGGGGAGGGCGGUGUGGGAGUGUUGCUUGUGAACUCGUUUCGUGUCAUGCAGUAAGAAUUCGAUGCCAAAAAAAAAAAAAAAAACCCAAAAGAGCAGCUGUUUCGAUCAGCCGAAUUGCAUUGCGUCGAUCCAUUUUCCAUUCGAUUCCUGGGCGAAACCUCCUUCCGGGGCUUGGAAUGUGCAUUCAUCCGUCUUUCCAACUCCACAGAGGUGCAGCGGUAACUUUUCCCAGAUUAUUGACUCCACACGUGUAAUGGAUUUACCCCGGCCCUUGAUCCGAAUCGCUGGAAUUAUUUCAUCUAUUAAAGCUGAUUGCCAUUUGAUCCCA